CGAAGACAAAGAAAGAAUAAAAAAAAAAUAUAGAGUUUUGUUGACCAAGUUGUUGAUUUUUCUAAAGUUAUUUAAUUAUUUAAUUAGGAUAAAUAUAAAUAAAAAUAAUGUCAGAUAGCUCUGAUGAAGCUGGGGAAGACGGUGUCUGGACAUUAUAUAAAGAUAAAGAUGAAUGGAAAGAUGUUACACCGAUACCGCAGGAUGACGGAUCACAUCCAGUUGUUGCUAUUGCGUAUUCUGACAAAUUUCGAGAUGCAUACGAUUAUUUUCGAGCUGUCUUGAAGAGUGAAGAAAAAAGUGAACGUGCAUUAGUAUUAACAGCUGAUUGUCUUUGGCUUAAUCCUGCUAAUUAUACAGUCUGGCAGUAUCGACGUGAUAUUUUAAAAGAACUUGGCAAGGAUUUGUAUGAAGAGCUUAAGUAUAUUGACUCAAUGAUUGAAGUUAAUUCCAAGAACUAUCAGGUGUGGCAUCAUAGAAAAGCUAUUAUUGAAUGGCUGAGAGAUCCGACUUAUGAAUUGGAUUUUACUGCCAUGAUUUUAGAAAAGGAUGCCAAAAAUUAUCAUACCUGGCAGCAUCGACAGUGGUGCAUCCAAGAAUUUAAAUUAUGGGACAAAGAACUAGACUACGUUGAAGAACUUUUAAAAGAUGAUAUCCGAAAUAAUUCAGCCUGGAACCAAAGAUAUUUUGUUUUGAACAAUACAACUAAGUUUGAGAAUGAUGUUAUUCAACGUGAAGUGGAUUUUGCAUUAGAAAAGAUAUCGAUUGUCAAAGGAAAUGAAAGUGCCUGGAAUUAUUUACGUGGAAUCUUGAUGCAUGAUAAAAAAGGUGGAUUAGCUUACAAUGAAAAAGUCCUGAAAAAAUGUGAAGAAUUAUAUGCUAAUGGAUGUCGUGUUAAUCAUUUACUGGCAUGUAUUAUUGAUAUUUGUCAAGCAAGGCACCCAAAUGAUAGUGAUGGUUCCUUCUACAAUAUUAAUCGUGCAAUUUCGCUUUGUAAAGAAUUGUCAGAAAAUCAUGACAAAAUUCGAAAAAGAUACUGGGAUUAUAUUGUUACACAAUUAACGGAAAGUGUUAAAGUUUAAAUUUAUUUUUCGAAGGUGAUGCGCUUAAGUGAGUCAGUGAUUUAUUUUUUAUUUUAUUUUAAAAGUAUAACUUUUUUUUU